AGAAACUCCGAGAAAUGGCUUAACUGAAAGCGAGUUGAUCGAAAAAUUCUACAAGUCUAUGUUCGGAUACGUGAUCAAUCGGGACGGUUCAAAGACGGUUAUCCCGAGGGAAACGGCAUGAUUAGAUGGCCGGACAGCAGUUGGUACGAAGGCGAAUUCCAAAAAGGUCUUCGACACGGCCGGGGAAUGCACGUGUCCGGCGAAGACGGACGCCGCUGGUACGGCGGACAGUGGACGUUCGGCAAGAGGAACGGACUCGGGCAGUCGGAUUGCGGGACGGGUGAGUCAGACGGUGCGUUGAAUUACGAUGGCCACUGGGUGGACGGCCAGCCGCACGGCCACGGCACCGGUAACUGGUCGGAUGGCACGCGGUACACCGGUGGCUGGGUACGUGGUCGGCCGCAUGGACGCGGCAAGGCAGUGUGGCCGGAAGACGACGUGUACGAGGGCGAUUGGGUUGACGGAUUCAUGGACGGUGUUGGCACAUACAAGUGGACUAGUAAUCCUCGUGACCACAAUCGACUGGUCAUACGCUCAUGUGACAAAUAUACCGGUCAAUGGUUAAAGUCGAAGAAACACGGUUCGGGCGAGUUCUACUCGGCAGAAACCGGGACAAAAAUGCGUGGAAACUGGUCGGACGACGUGUUGAACGGUCCGUGCGAGAUCAUCUUGCGCACCGGUCGGCGGCCCAGUUGUUCCGGUCUCGAAUUCCGCCGCGGCGUCCUUUACGAAACGUCGCCACCGCUGCCAGCAUCGCGUCGAACGACGAUCGACCGUGGCCACAGAAUCCCGUCGCGGACGGCGAACCGCGGUGUACGGCUAUCCGUCGAGCCCGUAAAGACGGCAUCGCAAUCGUUGUGCACACCAGUAUUUUCGGGGUCAGCUGGUAACGACGACGUCCAACAGGCCAAGGGCGCCGCGAUACCCAGUCCUCGUCUGGUGCGGGUGAACGUUCCGUUGACGGCCGACAAGGAGACCGCGUGCGACCUGACCGGUCACGUCCGACGGUUGGUAGCCCAGUGCUCGGACGGCACCGUAGACACGUCCUGCAUCGGGGUCGUCGUCGACCCGGAACUGGAACUCCGGGACGCAGAACGCGCGAUCGAAGCUCACGCGGACCAGCUGCAGGCGCUGUACCGAGCUUACGGCGCGUUCUUGGCCGAAAGCACAGUCGUCUACCGACCGCUGCUGACCCGUCUCGGGCUGUGGCAAAUGCUCAUCGACAGCUAUCUACACGCGCGGAUUUCGUUGGCCGACUUCGACGACCUGUUGUGUGAGUACGCGACCGUCGCCGAGUUAUGGUCAGGUUGGCCUUACGCCCCACACAAUCGAAUAUAUGUGGCUUGUACGGAGAAGACGCUCCCCUUCAACCCCCCCUCCGAUAAAAGCCAAAAAAAAAUAAAAAAAUGCCUUUAUCGAUUCCGAUUCCGCGAUAUUAUAUUAGAUGUGUUUUAAAAUUAGUAAUUAUAAUCAUACGGGAAUAAUACACCUAGUACCAAGACACUUGGCAUAAAUGACGAAAAAUAAUCGCAACAAUUGCGAUUUCAAUUGCUGCAUCUAAUGACGUAUCAUCUGCGAUUAUAACGUCGAUCAAGGCCGUAUCUGGGAAAGUCCAGGGUGUCCG